AUGACAAGGACAUAUUUCCACCACGAAAUGUCACCACCGCAAGAACAACCUUCCACUCCUUCUACACCUCCACAACCACCACCUCCUAUAGCUAAUGAAGAUGAACUUUUGAAUAAUAUCUUACCUUCUUAUCACAUGUUUCAAUCUACAAUAUCUAAAAACUUAAUUCCUACUAAUGAAAAUUAUCGAAUAGAUCCCCCGUUAUAUGAAAUGACUCCAAUAAACUCGGCAACUACAUCAUUGUUAAAUUCACGAGUACAAUCACCAAUAGAUAGUCUACUAAAUUCAUAUAAUCCUAUGCAUCAGGAUGAUCAUAUGCAAGAAGAACAAACGGAUUAUAAUCAACAAAGUGACGAUUUAUGGAAGAAUACUAUAUUGGCAAACGUAGAUAAAUUACCCAAUUUAACUAAUUCAAAGGGAUGUAUUUCGGAACAUUUAGAUAUAAAUAUUGUAUUUACUGAAAAAGUAGGUCAAAAGGGAGUUGAGCCCACUAUUAUUGAUCCAUCAACUCGAGAAUUCAUUCAAGGAGAUUAUAUUCACGGAUAUGUCACAUUUUUAAAUAAAUCUAAUCAACCAGUUCCAUUCGAUAUGGUAUAUGUGGUAUUUGAAGGAACUUUGACUAUCUUAGAUUCCACGGUUAGUGGCUUAUUAGAUCUUGAAAAACCAGCUACUAGAUUCAAGUUUUUAAAUAUGUUGGAUUUAUUUGCCAGUUGGUCUUAUGCCAAUAUCGAUAGACUAAUUACUGACAAUGGAGAUCCUCAUGAUUGGUGUGAUGGAGAAACUGAUCCUUAUGAUAAUACAUUGUUAGCUAUUGAUGUGAAACGAUUAUUUCAGCCUAAUGUAACUUAUAAACGAUUUUUCACAUUUAGAAUCCCAGAAAAAUUGUUAGAUAAUACUUGUGAAGAACAUUGUUUGCCUUUACAUUGCGAAAUACCGCCUACAUUGGGUAUUGACCGUAUUACUACACCUCCUUCGGUGAUGUUGGCUAAUAAAGAGAAUUUAAUUCGUGAUUUGGCGUCGAUUGAUAGUAGUAUUAGCUAUAGUGUUGAUGCAAGAAUUAUUGGGAAGGCUAGUGAUUACAAGUAUCCCGUGGAAAAGGAUCAAUAUGUCGUAUCUAAAUUGGCAAGUUGUCCAAUUAGAGUAAUACCGUUGCCAAAUUUAGAAAAUACUUAUCUUGAAAAAGAAUUAGCAGUUGAGAGACAAGUUUAUUUUAAAGCAUUCUUGGAUACAAUUAUAAAUAAGAUUGAAUAUGGUCAUGAAUUAUUGAAUCAACCUGUUGCUCUACGUUCUGGGAACUUGUUAACUUCUACGAUGAGUAAUGAAAUAAAUAAUGAUGGUAAUAAAUUGAGGCAGUUAUAUGAUGUAGCUGGCAGUACUAUCACUAAGACUCUACAUCGACAUAAUCAUAAGCCAGGCAAUAGCGACGAUGAUGAUGUUUAUCAAUAUUUAGCGUGUUUAAAAAAGAAAACUAUAACAGGAAAUACAAAACAUUUGGGAAUAAUUUCAUUAUCGUCUAUAAAGAAUAAUUAUUAUAUAAAUUAUACACCACCUGCCCGAUUUUCCAAAGGCAAACGAGUCAUCAAUACUGAAAUCAAUAUCCCAAUUGAAUUGACUUACUUUAUUGAAAAUUUAACAACGUCGAAGCCACACCUUCCUGAAAUCAAAGCCAUAGAUGUUGAAAUCGUUUGUCUUACAAUUAGAUCAAAAAGGCAUCCAAUCCCUAUCGAAUUCACACCCGAUAUGUUCUUCCCUGAAAGACAAAUUGAAUCGAAGAAUUCCACUACUGGAGACAAUCAACCUCCUAAUUUCGAUGCGAUCAUAAUUAAAGAAUUCCAAAAAAAUUAUUUAACUGAAUUUCAUAGAUUGAUCAAAGAAUUGAGUAAUGAUGUGAUUAGAAUCGAGACGAAAUUAUAUCGAGAUGUUAAGAGUCUUGCUUCUUUAAAGACGAAAUAUAUCAAUCUUCCUGUAUCCAAUCUUGUCUUCAAGACAACUACUGAAGGUGGAGGAAUUGGCUCACAUACGAAUAUCAAAACCGUACCUUGGAAAUUGGAAACUUCUUCAUCUACUGCUGGUACUGGCAGUAAUGAGAAUUCACAUGCCUUAUAUACCAAAAAAUUUACUAUAAAUUUAGAUCUUAAUAAUUGUAGUCUCAAAGGAAUUGAAUCUACAUGUCAUGGCUUGGAUCAGAUAGUUUUGGUGCCUAGUUUUCAAUCUUGUUUGAUUAGUAGGGUGUAUUAUCUAAAAGUUUGCGUAAAGAUGAUUCAUGGGGAGAAUUUGAUUAUUCAUGUUCCUUUAACUAUUCAACGAUAA